CCACAAAGCAAAAGAGAUUCAAGGGUGUUACAUCUGCGAUAAGUGAAACUAAGGAUUCAUUGCAGAACAUGAGAAAUGAUGCAGACCUCAAUACUUACCUUAAUGUACAUAUCACAGAUAUACCUGAAUUCAGCAGCUCUUCAGAAUAUCAAUAUUCUCCAGGGGACUUCAGCACAUGCAACUUAGAAGAAAGCAAGAUUUUUGACCGAAAUUUCUUGCCUGCAUUCUACAGCCUUCUGUUCCUGAUAGGAAUAAUUGGGAAUGUCCUGGUAAUGUUUGUUCUGCUGCGGAAUAAGCGUAAGCUCCAAAGUACUGACAUUUUUAUUCUGAACCUUGCCAUUGCUGACAUACUCCUUGUUUUAACUCUUCCAUUUUGGGCAAGCCAGGCAUUUAGUGGCUGGCUUUUUGGUGGUAUUCUUUGCAAGAUUGUAGGCUCCCUGUUCAAAGUCAACUUUUACGCUGGCAUUUUCCUCCUUGCUUGCAUCAGCUGGGAUCGGUAUCUUUCAGUGGUCUAUGCAGUUCAGAUGUUUAAGAAACACAGAUCCAAUUUGAUAUACUGGAUUUGCCUGGCUGUAUGGUGUGUUUGCUUAGCACUUUGCAUCCCUGAUGUAAUGUAUUUCAAUGCUGAAUAUGACUAUCGUACCAAUUUAACAAUAUGUCAGCCAAGCUUUCCUUCCUCAACUUCAAAAAUGUGGAAGACCAUUAUGACUUCUAUAUUUCAUAUUCUAGGCUUUGUGCUACCUUUCUGUGGCAUGGUAUAUUGUUAUGCACACAUCUUUCACACCUUGUUAAAAUCUAAUGGUUUUAAGAAACAAAGAGCAUUACAACUGGUGAUAGCUGUUGUGGUGGCUUUCUUCUUGUGUUGGACUCCAUACAACAUAGUAGCUUUUGUGGAUACUCUGGUCAUGUUGGAUGUUGUUCCUGGGAGCUGCAAUCUAACACAUAACAUUGAUACUGCUCUAUCAGUUACAUCAGGUCUGUGUUACUUUCACUGCUGUCUGAAUCCUUUCCUCUAUGUCUUCAUUGGCGCCAAAUUUAAGAAUUAUUUCAUUGAGCUAUUACAUCAAGCAAGCUGUAUGUGUCCCAACGUCAUGGAACAAUAUGUCAAGAGAAAGUAUUCCACUCGAUCUUCAACCUGGUCAGAAUCUGGAGACACUUCGUUGUCCAGAAUCUAAGUAUUUAUUUCUCCUGUCAAAUGAAAGACUGAUGGACCAUGUUAUAUGAAUGUAUUUGGAAGCCAUCAAUUUGUUUAUGAUGUCUUCUUG